AUGACACAACAACAAGAAGAAAAGUAUAUACAAAAGAAACGAAGCCAAACACAAAAUAUCAGAAAUUCAACACAAUUUACCCUCAUUCCUGGUACAAAAGUUCGUGUAGUUCUUGACGACAAACCGUUGACAAAGAAACGUUUAAGGUUAAGUAGAAACUAUUAUAUCGUAGACUCUACGCAAGGUAAUGGAUAUCUUAUAAAAGCUGCUGACGACUCUUUUGCGUUUUACCCUCGACAUAAAUUAGUUGAAAGUAGUAAUGGCAAACUUGCUGAAACCAUUGACGAAGCAAAGCGAGGAGUGGUUAUUGAAAUACUUGGCUAUAACAUAAACGAUGACACUUAUAAAGUAAGAUAUGAAGGAGGCGUUGAAGAUGUUAUACCAUCUAAGAACUUGAGAGAGUCAUAG